AUGGCGUUCCUUAAGAACUACGCAUUUUUUGUGCUUAUCUUGUUUCCUUGUUCUUUCCAUGUAGUUCAUGCACUGAAUUACGCUAUGUUUAAUUCUCCUGACGGCAAUUUCAUGUUACAUUGGACCUAUAUGAACAACAAGCUGGUCUUCAACAUGACUUGUAAAGUAACCGGCUAUUGUGCAGUAGGGUUUACAGAAACUGCUGACGGUCGAGGUAUGAUAGACUACGAUAUCGCUGCCGGCGGAGUCGCUAGUAACACGCCUUAUCUUGGGGUAAGUUUGUCUUGACUGUACUUUUGGCUGUAGUGAAGUAAAUCCUGGUUGCUAAUGAAAGAUUGCUUGGGUGAGAUUCGUUUGACAGUGACGUGCAUAGUGAAAGGCUUAGGCUAAGCUGUGCUAGUUCGCCUUCAGAAUAAUUACAUUUCUGAAACACGGAGUAGAAAGGAGCAAUUACAUACCUAGAAAGACAGUGUUGCAUCUUGGCUGUCGUGGCAAAAAAAAUGUACUUGUUAUAAAAUUUCCAGGUUAUGGCCAAGUUACCCACUAUCUUUUUACAGUAAAUGACGGCAUAGAGUGAUUUUAAUUUGAAUUAAAACUGCUCAGUAGGAAAAGCAUAGUAUCCAACAAAACCAAGAUUGACUGACUUAGGGGUAGCGCAACAUGAAACGUCUGCACGUCCGCCCUAUAAAUUAUUCCUGCAGACAUUUUGGACUUUCAGACUUCAGGACUUUCGCGUCUUAAAUCUUCUCAGCUAUUGCUUCAGUAUAGCUCAUGUUAGAAACACAAAUCAGUCGGGACACCAUGGUGCUUGUUUCGGAUUUUAAGGGUAUAGUUGAAGAACCUAGCGAUUCUGUUCUUUGCAUGGGCAAAGCGAUACAGUAAAAACCCGCAACGAAGAACCUACAUUUUUAGGAGUUAGCCUAAACAGGUUCUUACAUAAAUGGUAGUUAACAGAAUUUUAGGCUAUUUAGGUUCUUAAAAUGGGUUCUUAAUACUGGAGAAAAUACAAUGCAUAAUGGUGUGCUGAUCUACAUAUUGCUUAGUAUGCUUUGUAAGUCUACAUAUCUUGCACUCAUUUUUCUUUGAAAAACAUUUUUACAACAAUGGCAAUCUGCUUUUUUUCUUCAAAUAUUAUUCUUGCAAUGCAGCUGUGCAUGUAAUGUACUAGUAUGAUUUUAGAAAGUAAGAACCUGUUUUAAAUUUCUUAGGCUAAAUAAGUUCUUGUUUAUAGGGGGUAUAAAUGACCAAUUUUAGGCUAACAGGUUCUUAAUUUUUAGGUUCUUAGUUGCGGGUUUUUACUGUAUCUGUCUCAGGGCUUCAAGCGAAAUAUAAGGGCUCAAGCCGCUUAGUCCAUUAUUUCUGCCAAAACCUUUUUUAACUUGAUUUAGCGCUACAAAAGGAUUUUUUUAACUUACACGCACCUGAAUUAUCAGAAUUAUAAAAAAAAUUAGACCUUUCCGGUAUUCCUGUGGACAAAGGUGAUAAAAUAGUGUGAAGCCUCGACAACGCCUUAUAAUAUUGCUUAAUGGCGCGGACGAGGAAAGAAUCUUUAGGAUCUGUGUUGUUAUUCUUGCUGUAAAAGUUAGUAACGGAAAUAAUAUCUAUGAAAGGAAAAAGGGGAUCACAACUCAUUUGAGAGAGCGCGCUGAAAAAAAUUUUUCUGCACCUGGGCGCGCUCACUAUACAUAACAAUGGCGUGCGGCAUGAUAUGAAAUGCGCGCAAGUCAAUUUCCCCAGAGAAAUUUGCGUGAAAGUUCUUUAUGAGUAUCAUGUACGAGUAGCCAGGAGUAAACGGCUGUUAAAAGAAAGAAUGAAUUUUUUGCUUUACUCAAGACAGUUUCUGUAGACACGAAGUGUAUUCAGUAUAAUCACCAAUUUGUAUAUACAGUUUUGUAGUUUAAAGUUUCAUUCUUUUCUGGUUUUAGUUUGGUACGCUUGUUUCCGAUGCGACAAUAGCUUGUAAGCCUUUUUCAAACAACAAAAAAAAACAUAGUAAAAAAUAUUGUAUAUAAACUGAGAAAAUUUUAAAUUUGAGAGUGUUAAAGGAAAUUUUAAACAAAAGUUUAAAAGUUUGAAAAAAUUGAAAUAGAUUAACCAAAAAUCAAUGGGCGUAAAUUUAAAAACUAGCACAAAUUUCCCAGUACUUUCAUCAAUAAAAAAACAUGUCAGUCCUUUAUUUGUGUUCACAAAUCUCCGAUAAUGACAAAUAUCUUUAAAAUUUAAGGCCCGAUGGUUUGACGCACUUUAACAUAAUUAUUGUUCUUGAUAUUGCUCUAGUAAGAGCAGAUCAAAACAACUCUUUGGGAGUCACGCGACAUGAAAAUGCGUUAAGUCUUCAACUGAUCAGAACCUCUGAAUUCCAACGACAAAACGACCGACUCGACAAGUGACCGUUCUUCGUAGGUCACCGUCUUUAGAAGUAUUAUUUCUGGACCAUUAAGAAAGAACUCCAAAUAUGACGUUCUGGCUUUUUUAUACAUGUGAUCUAGGAAAUAAAAUGAUUCUUCAUACAGUCCUUCCUGGGGAGGGAGGUCGGAAUGAUCCCUAGUAGGCGGGCAUUCCAUGCCCUGGCUGAACAGGGUAUGGUUUUCAAGGGGUCUAGAGCCUUAAUCAGGGUAUCCAAUUUCCUUAUUUAGCAGCUUGACCAGGGUGUCGUUUUGGACUGGAGGCAAAGAGUGUGAAGGUUGGCGAUGAGCGUUCUGCGUGUGUAGUGCCAAUUCAUUUCAGUUCAGUUCAGUUUGUUCAGUUCUAAACAACUUAAGUUCAUGAUAGUAGUUUAAAACUAACAUACUUUUGUACUGAAACGACGAAGGAGAGGCAUCACUGCCCACACUAGUCUGUUUACUGAACUUGUUACUACAUAGAAAUUGCCUUGCUUAUGGCUUUGCAUAAGAGAACGUCAUUUAUCCGUUUACCGGAGUUUAUCUAUUCUGGAGAUCUUCUACGAAUUUAAAAAUCCUUCAGUCCUUAGCAAGAUCGCUAACCUUGAAAUCUUCCAAAAGAUUCACGUGUCAAUGGAUACUUUUCCGUGCAUAGUCAUAAUUAUAGAGACCUUGAAACCAAAGGAGGAAAGGGUGACGCAGCAGAGCAGUCCGGGUUAACAGAUUAGAAAUCAUUUGUGAAAUUAAGGAAGAAAGAGUUAUUAUUUUGGCUUUCCCAGGAUUUGAACCGACUCACCUGCGUGACCGGUCAGAUCAGAGGAGUCUCUAAGUUGGGGGAUUAGCCGAUUGCGCCACUGCGACCCAAGGUAGUUCGGGAGAAAAAAUAGCAAUGAAAUUUUGCACUAGUUUCUGGACAAGAUUGGGCGCGCAAGUUCGUGACUUUUCGGCUUGUUUCGGCUGUUUCACGAAAUGAGACCGGACUACUUCAUGAUAUCUUGAGAUCACUUCGAGUUUAGUCUUUAAUUUACUCGAGGAAUAAAUAGAGGAUAUUACAUGGCAGCGCAGAAAUAUGAAAUUUCUCUUCGAGUGUUGAAAAACAUUUCACGAGUGUGCGCCCCUUUCGAACUGUUUUAUGAUGAAUUUAAAGUUACAAAAUGCUGCACAAAGACGUUUUGUCUUUGUUGAGUGUUACGAAGAAAAAAUGCUUUCAAGCGUUGCAUGACUUUCUCGAACGUUCUCUACGUUUUUGGAUUAUUCAUACUGAAAUAAUUAAUUAGGACAUGUUCACAUUUCAGCAUGAGUCAGCAGAUUUGCAUCAGUUACUGAAAUCAUAAAAUAUGUCGAAAAGCUACUACUUUUCGCCUGUUUAGUAUUUUCUAGAACCUUAUGUCAAACGGUAUACAACUCAGCAAGCGAGUUCUUUUGAAGAACUAAGGUUUUUCCGGCGAGUUGGAGUGCUGUGUUUAGUCAAGUGCGACGAAGGUCGAUUUUCAAGUUCUGUGCAAGUUGGCGGAAGCCGUAAGAUAUCUGAAGUUCAAGUGAGAGUUUGUUAUUAUUGGCAGAGGCUGUUUGGUUUUACUUAUAAUAAGUUCAAGUCAAGUUUGUGUUGGCGGAUGCUGUGUUUAAAAGCUCUGUAAAGACCAUGUUCCUUUGGUAUUAAACUUCCUUAGGUUAAUCCGACAUCCCUUCUUGCAGAAAGUCAAUGAAUAAUUAUCGUCAAAACAUUCGAACUCGUAACAUUAAGUUUUAGCCAAUUCCGCGCUCAAGGUAAUUGUCUCCUUACCCAUGCCUUACAUAUCUUUAAUCAGUACAUGAGACUGCUAUGCUGUUUUUAAAGCCUGAUGAAAAAAAAAAUAGAGAAUUCUUUUCCACUGUUUGUUUUGUCAGACUUGUUAUUCACCACCAGUAACGUCAUAUUUGACUUAGGUCUGAACGUUUAGAGCCAAGUCAAAAUUAGAAGGAUUUGUAUGGAGUCAUCAGAGCAUAACUGGGCUAAUAUCUCAGAGAUAAGUCGCCCCGAAAUGCUAGUUUUUGGCAAGUGGGCCUCUUGGAUGUUGCUCUUUUCAGAAUAUCCAGACAAAUCCCAUAAUUAACACCUUACUCUUACCAUAUUUCAUUUCUUACUAUUCCUCCGCGUUUACAAUUAAUCAGUUCCACAUCCACGAGGCCGAAGUAUACGCUCCAUAGCGUCUUGUUUAAAUUACAGUCGAAGCUCUUGAGAGCAACCACCUUAUAGCCUUCCGGAGCAAAAAUCUUUGGUCACGUAUCAGACUCUACUGAGCUUGUACGUAUGUGUUUGGCUUGUCAACACUUUGACUUCAACAGCGCCGAUUGGAUCUCCGAUAAUCUGCAUGUGAUCUCCAGCUGAUAUUUGCGAACAAUGGGAAAGGAAUUUAUCUUUCGGUUCAGCAGACGUUCGUCGGGCAGGAACGCGUGACCAACCCCUAAGAACGUCUGCGUGGGAGGCUAACCACCUUAGAGAUUCGAAAAAGUGGUCGUAACUAGAGCUGAUCGCUUACGAGAACUUAAGCUCUCGUAAGCACCGCAUGGUAAAGCAAUAGAAGGUGGUCGCUUACGAGAACUUUAGAAACUCAUAUUAAUAAUUAAUAAAGAAAAAACAAUUGAAAAUAAAUUAAUGUAUAAUUGUGUCUUUAUAUCUGUUAUAAACACGGCCUAAACAUUAUACGUCCAACUUUUUGGACCAAAAUAACCAAAACUGACUGUAUGUCUAACCGACUCUAUAUGUGACAUCCAGGAUUACUGGAGCACCGGCACGUCACCACCACCAAGUGAUGCUGUUAACAACUUUGAGCUAGUCGAAGCCACGGAGAUGGGUGGAUAUACCAGCGUUAAAUUUGAAAGAAAUUUGACGACAGGAGAACCAAACAAAGAUGUUCAGUUUACGGUAAGGUUGUACAACAAAUAUUCAAGGAACGUGUGUGGGCGAACGCUAAUAAGCACCGAAGGUGCAGGGGUCUACGGGGAAAAUAGUGAAAAACCGUUUUCUGAGACUCGGUUUCACGGGCUUUGCAAGACACUAAGUUAUUAUAAGAAAUUUGAGACUCAUGGUUACAAGUAAAUAAUUACUAAUACCAUGCUAUAAAACAGAAAGUGCAGACUGUUCGGUGAUGCUCGGGGAUAGAAAGCCUCCCUUUUGUCAUGCUAGGUCAGUUGUACAUGUGUGUGCAGACGAACCUCCUCCGAGGGUGACUUAUUCCCACAGAAAUCUGGAAUCAUACUCUUACAAGCAAAUUCCCUCUAUCACCUUGAUAUAGGCUUUUUGCGCCCUCUGGCACGAAAAGAUGAUCAUCGUUGCAUGAUGGGGGAAGGCGAAUAGUUAAUAAUUAUUUAGUAUGGCGCUGCUAAGGUUCUGGCUCUGAGGUUAUUUAAGACGGCCGGCUUUUUUAUUUAACUGAAAAUUCAGAUUUAUCUACAUGGUUUCGAGACUAGGCGUCUUCAUCCCUCAGGUCUAAAAUGUGAAAUAGGUUGACGUUUUGCUGCUUGAGGACUGUACCACAAGUUUUACGGGUACAUGGGGACAAAGCACUUUAACCCAGGAUUCAAGUUAUUCAUCAGUUCCAUGCCUUUCAAUAGUUUACUUCGAGAACUUGUCCGUUAGUAGUUUUCACUCACAAUUAUUGCCGGCUUUUUACAUACUUCCUUUGUCUACCUUUGGAUUUACAGAUGAAUACUACAGUCUUUAUCGUCUGGGCUAUGCAUUCAAGUUCGGAUUCCAAUUCAGGGCUUACAGUAAGGCACACUAGCAGGGGGUGGUCAGGAAGAGAGUAUAACCUUAUCACUGAGGCCAUGACUGCAGCGAUGACACCUACCACCACUACUAUGUCAUCCACAUCUGUUGUUUCUACUCCUCAACCAGGUAGUGACGGGUGCCAGAAUAGUCUCAGAUUCUAAUUAAGUUAAUUACUUCCCGCGAUUAAUUUGUAAGGAAAAGCUAUGAAUGACCAAACGUAGAAGAUAAACAUCAUUCUUUCGAUAACUUUUCAUCAUUGACGUUGUGACGUGGGCAUACUGAUACUGAAAUUAAUUUUGUAUAUUUUAGCGCUUUCGAAGUAUUUUCAAUGAAUAUAAUUCUAGCCGAUUUUUUGAAAACCAACCUAACGACAUUUGCCUUCAUUUGGGUGAAAAGGCGUCAAAAGGCAGGUUUUUUGGGCCUGAUAAGCUGCACAAGGAAUCUGAAUCGCCCGACAUAAUGCUAGGCUGUUUUUAGCAUUCACUACGAACAACUAAUUCAACAUACGACUUUGAAAAACUAACAUAAUUAAAAAGCUGAGAACCUUGUUGAUACCACCAGUGCCAGCACAGAAUGUUAAAAAUAAUAAUAAUAAAGAAAUCUGAACAGUGGAUGCAUUUUCCUUCAAAGUAAUUUUUUUUUUUUUUUACAUCCCCUGAAAAAUAAGCCAUAUAUCGGCCUUCAGCUCGGGCAACGUAUGAGGGGAAUAAAUCACGGAUGAUCUGUUUCUUAACGAUCGUUGAAACUACGUGAGAGCCAAGAACAGGUUAUUAAAGUUGAUAUCGCGCAAGUCAACCAAUUAGUUAUUUUGAGCAUUUUGGUAAAAAAAACUGUUUCUAUUAUGUUUUUUAAUCCUUAUUUCUUUGUCAAGGCGGGUCAGUCAGUGACGGUGAUAAUUUCAUGCUGACUUGGAUGUACAGCAACAACAAGUUGAUGUUCACAAUGACAUGCAAAACCACUGGUUGGUGUGCAGUCGCCUUUACAACAGGGGAUGGUCGCGGCAUGAGAAAUUACGACAUUGCCUUAGGCGGGGUCGCUUCUGGCACCAACUAUCUUAGUGUAAGUGGGAUGGAUUUCAUUCAGUAUAAAAAACUAUCCUUUUUUUAUAGCAUCUCACUGACGCCAGAUGGCCUAUUGAAUAGCUUUCACAAAGUAAGGACUAAAAAAAUGCCUAUUACUACUCGGUGUUAUACGACAAUGAGAUCACCAUAGCGACGAUAAUAACUGUGAACAUACUCAUACGCCAACAAUGAUGUAGAUGUCGCACGUUUUGUGCCUGCGGCAGAAAUUGUACCGACAACUAAGUUAGUCCUCUGGAUCCGCCAUAGAAACGCGAUGUACAGAAUCUUUUUAAGAAAAAUCAGUACACCUUUUUAAGUUCCUGAAAAAAUUUUUUUUGACAAAACAAUUCGUAAAAACCCAGUUUUUAAGACACGAUCCCCGAAGAAGAAAAAUCUGAUUGGAUUAGGAAAGUGAACGAGAUAAUGAAAAUGGCGAAAAUAAAUGAAAAUACGGACACUGAGUCGAUCAUAGACAGUGUUCGAAUGUUCGCUGAGGGGAAAGACGUUAUGACCUCGAAAAUCGUGCGUAAAAGGCCAUUCAAGUACUUCAAUGAACCCAUCAGUUCUGGGGAUUUCGCACAGAGCACGAAAUUGUAAUUUAAGAUUAUAAUAACCUAAAAAGUGACGGUCUUUGCUAAGACGGUAAGUGACUUUUGUCUCUUUACCCGCAGGAUUACUGGAGCACCACAACGACAAAACCAUCAAAGAAUGAAAAUCAAAACUUUGUUCUUACAUCGGCGAAUGAGACUGGUGGAUAUACGACGGUGGUAUUUGAGAGAGAUCCAGAGACAGGCGACACUGCUAACGAUGUUCAGUUUAUGGUAAAUUCUUAACAUCCCUAAACACAGCUAUAAGUUCGGAUACAAACAUGAGCAGUCUUUACGGGCGGGGAGGAGGGUGGUGCGACAACCUAAUGUCUGGUGUCCGCGACAAAAUAGGUAUAUUUACACUAAGCUCGUGUAUCCUUAUACAAUAUAUAUCCUGUGGAUCCACAGAUGCGGGAAUUUAAACACGCAGGUCCCACAGCAAAGGGGCGUUUUGUGACGGCCCCAAGUGAGAAUAGGCACCCGAGUUUAACUUAGUCCUCGAUUGUAUGGAGAAAAGUCUUCCCUGGACAGAGAGUCACCUUUCCAAGAGCUGACAACAGCGCAAGUGCGUGUUCCGAUGGCGAUUGCCUCGCCUUGACUGGAAUGACUCGGCUUGACGAGCCAACUUGAUUAUAUGAAACAAAGUUGGCCCGACUAGGAGGGUGACCCUAACAUCGAAAUAUGUAGCCAUCUCUUUGAUCCUCGUUAACAUUUCGCCAAGUUAAUGUAGGAAAAUUUGGCUCACAUCAGGGUCUUAGGAACUUGCUGCUCUUUCAGAGGGUUGAAAACAACAUUAAAAUAGCAAAUUAAUGAAAUUCUUUACAUAUUUCUUUUUGUAGCCUGGUACUGAUGUCAAGAUUGCGUGGGCCAUGCACAGCUCUAUGGAUGGAAAUGUCGAUAUUUCUAAGCACACCGGCACAGGAGUUCUGCCAAACAGGUACACUCUGGUUCCAGAAACUGGAAGUACCUCCACCUCCACCUCCACCACCACAGGUGCAGCAAGUAUGUUAGAGUCACGUGUCAUGUUUUCUGCGAUCCUGACCGCCAUUGCUGUCUUUUUGGUGUCCUAA